CCUGGUUGUGUCAUUUGUCUAUAACGUUAGCCACACUUACAUGUAUUGCUAACGGCGUUAGCUAGUUGUAGCAUUAGCUUCCAGUGACUAUGUGGCCAAAUCAGUGUUGGAUACAUAAAACAUGAAGGUGGUAACGUGUGAGAUUGCAUGGCACAACAAGGAGCCAGUCUACAGUCUGGACUUCCAGCACAGCGCAGAUGGACGCAUCCAUCGACUGGCCACAGCUGGAGUGGACACAACAGUCAGACUGUGGCGGGUGGACAGUGGCCCAGACGGGAAGGCGGUGGUGGAGUUUCUGUCCAAUCUGGCUAGACAUACAAAGGCUGUCAACGUAGUGCGCUUUAGCCCCAAUGGAGAGCUGCUCGCCUCAGGAGGAGAUGAUGCAGCAAUACUGCUGUGGAAGCUCAAUGACUCAAAAGAGCCUGAGCAGGCACCCAUGUUCCAGGAGGAGGAAUAUGCUCAGCUGAACAAGGAGAGCUGGUCUGUGAUCAAAACUUUAAGGGGGCACAUAGAGGACGUGUAUGACAUCUGCUGGACACGGGAUGGAAACUCCAUGGUGUCUGGGUCUGUUGAUAACACUGCUAUUAUGUGGGACAUCAACAAAGGACAGAAGCUGUGCAUCUUGAAUGACCAUAAGAGCUACGUGCAGGGGGUGACCUGGGAUCCUCUGGGGCAAUAUGUAGCCACUCUCAGCUGUGACAGAGUGAUGCGUGUGUACAGCACUCACACCAAAAAGAAAGCCUUCUGUAUCAGUAAAAUGAGCUCUGGUCCAGUUGCAGAAGGAGAGGUCAAGCCGUACAGAAUGUUCCACGAUGACAGCAUGAGGUCGUUUUUCCGACGGCUUUCAUUCACACCUGAUGGGUCCUUCUUGCUAGCCCCAGCUGGAUGUGUGGAGGUUGGAGAGAACAUCAUAAAUACCACCUACAUCUUUUCCAGGAAGUGCCUCAAGAGGCCUAUUGCCCACUUGCCGUGUCCAACUAAAGCUACACUGGCUGUGCGGUGCUGCCCCGUCUACUUUGAACUGAGGACCAAGACGGGAGAAGACGGUUCAGUUCAGGCUCUUCCCAACGUAUUCCAGUUACCGUACCGCAUGAUAUUUGCUGUGGCAUCUGAGGACUCCAUCUUCUUGUAUGACACGCAGCAGACGCUUCCUUUCGGCCUGGUGUCGAACAUCCAUUACCACACACUCAGUGAUCUUACAUGGUCCCGUGACGGUUCCUUCCUGGCUGUGUCCUCCACGGACGGCUACUGCUCCUUCCUGUCCUUCUCUCCUGGGGAGUUGGGCACUCCCCUAAAGGAGCCACCCACCCUGGAGAUCUUUGCCCCAAGCAGUGGUGCUGAGAAAAAGGGCAAGAAGUCCUCCGCGGCUAGGAACUCAUCUCCUUUGACCCAGCCACCAAGCUCAGCCCCGACUCCCACAUCCCAAACGGGCCUUGGCAAAGAUGUCCCCUCUGUCACCCCCCCAGAGGAGAGGAAGAGCACCCCGAGUGCCAAGUCUAAACCUCAGCCCCGUAGGAUCACCCUCAACACCCUGGAGGGCUGGGGGAAGCCCUCCACGGCUAAAACCACAGCUCCUUCAGCACCUCAGACCCCAACAUCUGCAAACACCAGCGCACCCUCUACUCCCCAAACCUGUGUCACCCCUCUCACCCCUACCAGCUCCUCCACAACACAGCCACGCAUUGCCCCCCUCACUCCCUCCACCCCUAAAUCCCUCAACAGUGCUAAUAAUGCUGGCUCCACCACUCCUAAGGGUUCAACCACCCCAAAGGGGCCCACCCCAAGGAGAGUAUCUCUGACUCCCGUUGCAGCCCGAUCUCCAGCUAUCAGUUCACUCUUUCGCACUCCCUCCUCCACUGAGAAGGCCAAACAUGAACGCCCUUCUCCUCCCAGUGAUCCAGUGUGCCAGCCGCCAGAUUCCAAACGGCCGAAGACCAGUGAGCCCCCAGUAAAGACCAGUGCCACCCAGACUUAGUGUUUAAUAGGAACGGUGUGGUGCUUUGAUAUCAGAAAAGAGGACAUACUGCAGAGGGUUACAGUUACAAAAGCAUCAGUACAAAACCACUGAGGCUGCUCAUGAACGCAACAGCACAGUGCAAUAGCACUGCGUGUGGGUUGAUAUGGUCUGUACUUGAUUUAACCAGAUGAAGCUUUAAGCGCACAUGAUGUAGUCCUUAUAAAACAAACCGCAUUGCAGUAAGUGUCCUUGAAUUUAUACUUAUUUUAGUCUUGUGUGUUUUUGUAUCAUACAGUAAACAGGUAAUUGUAUCAUAUUUGAUUUGUUUUACAUUUAAAAGCUCAAGUGCUCUUGUACAAAAGGAGAGGUUUGUCUCAUUUCUUUUCAAAAACAUGAUUGUGAAAAUAUAACAACAAGAAACCUGAAGAAGAAAAAACACAAGCAUCUCAAGGUUUAGUGCCCAGUGAGAGGUUUGAAUUCACAACCCGAGUCUAUAUUUGGUGCAGACUAUGGGCCAGCAGCUUGAGUGUAAAGCUCAAAAUUGUAUUUUUCUCAUUGUCUAAUAAAGGAUGUUUCAUAUAUAGUGCAUGUUUAACUGGUUUGCAUAAAAUAACUAGGAUGAUUAAUGCUUUCUUAACUACAAGCAGCUGACGGUUGUGUAAAAUGUUACUUUCUAUUAUGAAAACCAUCAUUAAUGAGCUGCUUUUGUUGUAAGCCUAAACUGAUUUGAGCCAUCUUUGCAAUCCUUGUGAGAACCAGGCUGAUGUACAGAAGAAUUAAUACUGCCAGUCAGCAAACAAAUAAUGCUGCAACAUCAUACAUAUCCAUGAUAUACAGUGGGUACGGAAAGUAUUCAGACCCCUUUAAAUUUUUCACUCUUUGUUU